CAAACGUAUAAAGCUGUUAUAAAAGACGUAACGAUAUACCUGCGUGUGAAAUUUCGCUUUAUCUAAUUUGCGGUAAGUCUUCCGUAGUGAUUAACUACCCGUAGUGAAUCCGCAGCUUUCUAACUUUUUCGCAUUGGACGUAUUCCUAUCAAAUUGAUAGAACCACAGAAAUGAAGUGACUGAAGUCGAAGUUGUUUGCUAUUUUUUUUUUGCCCGCUUGAUUCUUCUAACUGUUCUUGUGAAAAUAGCUAUGCUGUUUGGUUCCUCGUAUUAUCUACGUUAGUGGGUGUUUAUGUUUCUACGUAUGAAGUAGUAAAAAAGCAACUAUUGUUUCGGAUACGAGCUAGAUUGGUCAGAAAAUCCGAUCGACUGAAAACAUAUAACAGAAGCUCUGCUACGAGGACUUUUGAAUUCUAAUAGGAAUUAAUCUGAAAAGUUUAGAAGAGCGAAAUGCCGCCGCAACUGGUCCAGAACAAUGUCCAGGAAAUACGCGCCAAGAUAGCCUACAACGGUGAAGUUCUUAUCACAUAUCUUGACGAAGACAUAACACUGGAAAAACUGCAUAGGGAAGUGAGAGAAAUCUGCCGUUUUUCCCAAGACCAAAUCUUCACUAUCAAGUGGGUUGAUGAGGAGGGUGAUCCCUGCACGAUUUCCAAACAGCUGGAAUUGAACGAAGCCAUCAGAUUGUACGAGGUCAAUAGGGAUGUUGAAUUGACCAUGCACGUUUUUCCAAAUGUGCCGCCCCAGCCAGGGAUGCCAUGCCAGGGAGAGGAUAGGAGCAUUUAUAGAAGAGGAGCAAGGAGAUGGAGGAAGUUGUAUCGUGUGAACGGUCAUAUAUUCCAAGCUAAAAGAUUCAAUAGACGGGCCUUCUGCGCAUUUUGCCAUGACCGUAUAUGGGGCCUUGGCCGGCAAGGAUUCAAGUGCAUCCAGUGCAAGCUUCUGGUGCACAAAAAGUGUCACAAGUUAGUGCAGCUACCCUGUGCCAACGAGCACGUAGAGCCUGUUCUUAGAGACGAACAAAAUGGGGCCGAAUCCACUGGAGGACAGGUGGGGCUUGUCUCUUCCCCCCACGUCAACGACGCAGGCCUGCAGGAUCAUCUCCGAGAGUUCCCAGAGGCCCCACAGGCCGACCUAUCUGGAGAAUCCGUGCCGGUCGAAGACCCCAAAGAAGACCUGGACACCGGUUCGACAAGACAAUACUCCCUGAACGACUUCGAGCUGAUCAGGGUGAUCGGCAGAGGGUCCUAUGCCAAGGUGCUGAUGGUGGAAUUGAAGAAGACCAAGCGUAUCUACGCGAUGAAGGUGAUCAAGAAGGCUCUUGUGACUGACGACGAGGACAUAGACUGGGUGCAGACCGAAAAGCACGUCUUCGAGACAGCCUCGAACCAUCCUUUCCUGGUGGGGCUCCAUUCUUGCUUCCAGACGCCAAGCCGUCUGUUUUUCGUCAUCGAGUUCGUCAGAGGGGGCGACCUCAUGUUCCACAUGCAGAGGCAAAGAAGGCUCCCUGAGGAGCACGCAAGGUUUUAUGCGGCUGAGAUCUCCCUGGCCCUGAACUUCCUUCAUUGCAAGGGCAUCAUCUACAGGGACUUGAAACUGGACAACGUCCUCUUGGACCACGAGGGUCAUAUCAAGUUGACUGAUUACGGAAUGUGCAAGGAAGGUAUUAGGCCCGGAGACACAACAAGCACAUUCUGCGGCACUCCCAACUAUAUCGCUCCCGAAAUUUUGAGAGGAGAAGACUACGGCUUCUCUGUAGAUUGGUGGGCUUUAGGUGUUUUGUUGUACGAGAUGCUGGCAGGAAGAUCACCCUUCGACAUAGCUGGUGCUUCCGAGAACCCAGACCAAAACACCGAGGACUAUCUGUUCCAAGUCAUCUUGGAAAAGACCAUAAGAAUACCGAGGUCUCUCAGUGUCAAGGCCGCCAACGUACUUAAAGGUUUCCUGAACAAGAACCCGGCUGAUCGUCUAGGGUGUCACUCACCCGACUCCUUCACCGAGAUCACUAGCCAUCAAUUCUUCAAGAGUAUCGACUGGGAUAUGCUGGAACAAAAACAUGUGCCUCCUCCUUAUAAACCAAGACUGGACUCUGAUAGAGACUUAGCUAAUUUCCCUCCUGAAUUCACCGAUGAGCCUGUACAUCUUACACCAGACGAUCCGCGUGUCAUCGAGAAAAUCGACCAGUCUGAAUUCGAAGGCUUCGAGUACGUUAACCCACUUCUCAUGUCGUUGGAGGACUGCGUGUGACAUGACAUAAUGUGUGCACUACAUCCAGCUAAUCGCCCAACGUUGCCUCCGCCACCUCCUCCCCCGCCCCCCGAUCUGCUACAUCUCGGAGGGAAAUAUCUAGAAAUGGACAAUGUUCGUCCGACUUCGAAAUCUCUCUUGCAGAACAUAUUUUGCUUGCCUUUGAAUUAGACGUUUCUCUGGUUGAAGGGGGCUUGGUGUACUGAAUUCCGGAAGGCAAUGCUGGUGGAAAGAACAUUGUUUAAAUUAUUAUCACUUCUGGAGCAGCAAAAAAUCACGGAAAGUUAGGUUAAUCUGUCAGUGUUCUAUGCUAUGGUUUCGUGAGUUUCAGUGGUCUUAUGAAAAUUGUGAUUGAUAUCACAAAGUUUGUUUUGUUAUUCUUCAAUUUUGUGCUUCAGGACAUGUAAACUCCAGUCUACUGUGAUUAUCGCAAAAGAAAUGAGGUUAUCUGUGAUUAUUCUAGCUUUUUUCUUUAUCGGAAUGAAAAUGAAGCCUUUCUGCGAAGUUUAUAUGAUUUAAGUAAGUUUUUCCGAACUUACCAUGUUAUUCUCUCACCGAAACUCAAUUAUUGACCAAUACUUAUUAAUUUUCGAAAUUUUUAUGGAAGGGAUUUAUUUGAUUUCUUAAUUGUUGAGCUAUUAUAGUAAAAAACCUAAAAACUUUGUUCUACGCUUAUUCUCUCAGUACGUUUUGCGGUGUAAUAUCGAAUCUCGCAGAAUGGUUCAUCGAAAAAUUAAUAUUCCAAAGAGUUAAUGGCUUGGUGAGAAAAGAAAAUGAUGUGAAUUAUUUGUAUAUUUCAAUAUCUUGGGUGUUUGAAGGAGUUGGGUAUACUUGAUGGCCCCCUUGAAUACAGAAGGAAUUAUCCCAUGAAAUAUUGGACAAUUGUCAAUUGAUUCAAUCAGUUUUUGAGAAAAAGUAGUUCUGGGGCAUUCAAAUUCUGGUAGAGUUUUUCUGAUACUGCAUAAUUAAAUUUAAGAAAACCCCACUUUUGGACGUGGAAAACAAAAAUGCAAAAUUGGAUAAAGUCUACCAUACAAAAUGAGAGGCAGCCUGUAUAAAUACAACCAUGACCUUUGUCAAGUUGAGCUGUAAGCUAAUCAUAAAUGUAAUUUAAAAAUACAGUUUUCUGAUUAUCAACGAAGCUUGUUAAAAAUAUAUUCAUACACAAUGCUGUUGAAACUUAGAUAUUCACUGAAAAUUAUAAUUUUAAAGAAAUCGACUUAGGUAUAAGAAUUGCGAAAAUCUACUAAACGCUCUAAAAAUAUACACGAGUUCUAUAAAAGAGAGAUUAUAUUGAAAAUAGAAGACUAUUGUGAAAUUAUUUUUUUUCCCAGGAUUCAAAUGAUAUUCUGAAAGGAAAGAGAAAUUUUGUGAGUGAAAAUAACGGCAGUGUUCAAAAUAAUUUUGUAGGUAUCUUUUGUGAAAUUGCAUUAGGCUUUUUCGAAUUUGUGACAAUGGAACUUUCAAUUAAUUGUACUGUUGUGGAGAAAUUUUUUUUUCUUUGAGGAAUAUCGUUUCAUAUAAGUUUAUUUUUCAAAUUUAUAUGUCAAACAUAUCUUUUUCUGAAUUUGUACAGUGUGGGUUAAACUCAUUGUAUUUUUGCAGAAAUUAAUUGGUGUUCAGUUGUUUGAGUUGUUGUUGAUAAUUUGAUGAAAAAAAUUAACAAAAAAAAAUAAUGACUGAUGUUUAAAGGAAACCAUUGAAAUGACAAAAUGGUUUAAAAAUUUUGUAUCAUAUUGAAAAAAUUUAGACUAGCUUAAUUAUGGAAAACUAAGUAUAUAUUAUACAUACUUCCUCACUUUGAAGACUUUAUGUUAAGGGUUCAUUUUUUGUGAGAAGUAAUGUUUUAAGAAUUUGAUAAUUGGUAUUAUUUUUCUAAGUAUUUUUCACAUUCCAGACUGUUUUUGGAUGAUUUAUAUAUAACUUUUUAUGAGUUCAUUGUUACAAUACCCCUUUUGUAUUAUUUAUAAACUUGAAAUGCUAUUUUAUAAUUUAUGGAAAUAUAUUCAAUAUUCACUCAUUA